GGCCAUCCUCUGGCCGGAUCCUGGUGACAACCAGAAAGGAAGGCAUUUUGCAUCCGGAUGCAAAGGCAUUUGCUGUGCAUGAGCUAUCAAUGGACGAAAGCAAAAAGAUGUUUUGGAAGUUUGCCUUCGGUGUGCAUGAUCCACAACCCAGUGACCCUGAUGUUGUGGGAUUUGCCAAGAAAAUAGCUCGAAAAUGUAAGGGACUUCCAGUGAUUGGCAGUCAGAGGUGAAGGGCCACAUGUGUGGGAAGAACGAUAUAAGAGGUUGCACUUGUCCAAUGACCCAGACGUUGAGAAGCAGAUGUUCAAGCGCUUGAAGUUCAGCUAUGACGAGCUGGGAAACUAUGAGGGUGAAAAGCUGCAAGAGUGCUUUCUCUAUGUGGCUGCAUUCCCACACAAAUUAAUUGAAUUUAGUUCCUUGAGCAAAUGUUGGAUGAAGGUUGGCUCAGAACUCUCACCCACAGCGAUUGUCAAUGAACUGGAACGGAGAUGCCUGGUCAAGAUAGAUAAGUCUUGGGGGUAUGAAGAAGCUCCUGGUUAUAUAAUCGUACACGAUAUGCUACACAAACUGUGCAUAAGAAUCUUAAAAGGGAAGUACGGUCCACAGCAAGAGCACGAGAAGGGAUGCCUGUUUGGAUAUGAGUGGACAAGUGGCAUUCAGGAUGCAACAUUUGCUAAAGUUUCAUUCAUCUCAAAGAAUGUUGGCAGCUUUCUAUCCGAUAAUCAUGUGCGAGAUGUUAUACUUAUGGAUGAAUGUAUAGGACUUUCUAAUGUGGAUGACAGUCUUAUCAAUCACAUACAAGGUGUCAAGGUAUUGAGCUUGUGGCGAUGCUCUAGGAUCCAUUUUAUUCCAGAGAGCCUUUCCAAGCUGAAAAACCUUCAAGUGCUUGACAUUCGAGGAACAAAAUCAAAAUUCAAGGAUGAUUUGGCUGCCAGUCUUCCAAAUCUGAAAGAGUUGCACUUUUGGCUAGCUCCUGAUAUUGAAUGGGAGCAAUUGCCUCUCUUCACGAGAGCCGGCAUUUUCGUCGCAGCGCCCUGGAUGUACACGGCCUGGAUCCGCUUCUCACGCUUGAUGCGCAGAGUGAGAGGCAACCCCUGCGUUAAUCCGAGCCAAGCGUAA